CUCAAAAAGGCCGACAUCGGUAUAGCGAUGGGUAUCGCCGGCUCCGAUGUGUCGAAACAGGCGGCAGAUAUGAUACUUCUGGACGACAACUUCUCAUCGAUCGAGACGGGCAUAGAAGAGGGACGCGUUAUAUUUGACAACUUGAAAAAGUCCAUUUGCUACACACUGUCCUCCAAAAUGCCCGAAAUGUUGCCGUUUGUGGCCUUUUUCUGUCUCAAUAUACCGUUGGCUUUGGGCGCCAUAACCAUACUGUGCAUCGACUUCGGCACCGAUAUGGUGCCGGCCAUCUCAUUGGCCUACGAGGGGCCAGAGAGUGAUAUUAUGAAACGCAAACCCCGUAACCCCAAACAGGACCAUUUGGUUACCGAAAGACUGGUGUCUAUAUCCUACGGCCAAAUGGGCUUUUUUCAAGCGUUUGCCGGCUUUUUCACAUACAUUGUUAUUAUGAGUGAGAAUGGUUUCCAGCCCUGGGAUCUCUUUGGCAUACGAAACAAAUGGGACUCCCGGGCCAUUAACUCACUCACUGACUCUUACGGACAGGAAUGGACUUACCAUCAACGAAAGACCCUGGAGUACACGUGUCACACCGCAUUUUUUGCCUCGGUCGUCAUCACCAAAUGGGCUGCUCUGGUCUGUUGUAAGACCCGACGCCUGUCCAUCUUUCAACAGGGCAUGAAGAACCAUGUGCUUACUUUUGCCCUGUUUUUCGAGUUGGGUCUGGCAUUGUUCCUGUCCUACUGUCCCGGACUGGAAAGUGGUCUUAAUAUGUAUCCAUUAAAAUGGUCAUGGUGGUUCACAGCGGUGCCCUUUUCUUUGGCACUAUUUUGUUACGACGAGAUCCGCAAACUUAUGAUGAGAAAGUGUCCGGGAGGUUGGAUUGAAAGGGAGACUUACUAUUAGAUAAGCCGUUCACUUAUUUUUAAUAAACUUGAUAUAAAAUAGUUAACUAUACUGUUAUGUACAAUGCUUUAACACAUGCUUUUACACUAUUAUUAUUGUUCAUUUUAAGGAGAUCACUGUAUUUAACAGAUUAUUGUAGAUUUAUUAAAAUACU